UGCCAACCCCUGCGCGCACCAGCCGGAAGGAGUCUGUAGACACGUGGUUCUCAGAGUAAGAGGCCCUGAGUGAAUUGCUGGUCCGUUGGUCAGAGCGAUGCCCAAAGCUAAGGGCAAGACUAGGAGGCAGAAAUACGGUUAUAACAUCAACCGAAAGCGCCUGAACCGGAAUGCUCGACGGAAGGCAGCCCCGCGGAUCGAGUGCUCCCAUAUCCGACAUGCCUGGGACCACACCAAAUCUGUACGGCAGAACCUGGCGGAGAUGGGGUUGGCCACGGACCCCAACAAGGCAGUUCCCCUCCGUAAGAGAAAGGUGAAAGCCAUGGAAGUGGACAUGGAAGAGAGGCCCAAGGAGCUUGUACGGAAGCCCUAUGUACUAAAUGACCUGGAAGCAGAGGCCAGCCUCCCAGAAAAGAAAGGGAAUACCUUGUCUCAGGACCUCAUUGACUAUGUGCGCUACAUGGUGGAGAACUACGGGGAAGACUAUAAGGCCAUGGCCCGGGAUGAGAAGAAUUACUAUCAAGAUACCCCGAAACAGAUUCGGAAUAAGAUCAACGUCUAUAAACGUUUUUACCCAGCAGAGUGGCAAGCCUUCCUUGAUUCUUUGCAGAAGAAUAAGAUGGAGGUUGAAUGACUCCAGGCUGAGUCCUCCUCCCGGACCAAAGAAGCUGGAGCCAGCAUUUAAGACAAGGAGGUUGUGUGGCUUCAGCUGAGGCUGACUAAUCCUGUGGAAUCAGGUUACACAUAUAUACACACGCACUUCCUCUUGGGGAAGCAAUAGUCUUUGAAGCGAUAAUUGAAUUUGCAGCGAUCUUCCUGUCUUAGUCUCCUGAGUUCUGGGAUUACAGGUGUGUGUCACCAUGCCCAGCUUUGAGAUGCAGUUUGUUUUUGAGUACUUGGGAUUGAAUACUCAGGGCCUUGCACAUGCUAGGCAAGCACCCCUACCAAUGAUCUGUAUCCCCCGCCUUCCAAUUUAUAUUCUUUUGUGGGCUUACAGAAAAGCCAGAACUUCCUGCUUUCAGAGUGGACACUAUUUGAAUAUAGUCUAUACAUAAUAAAACCAAGGAUAUUUUAUUUCUCUGA